UAUUAACAACAGGAGGUCUGCAAAAUCGAACCUGGUCUAUGCCCUCGCGUAUAUUAGGUAUUUGGAAACAUAUAACUCUUCGUCUUGUGCGGUUUAUGUUUUCUUCAUCUCAAGAUUGAUCGAAAUCAGAAGAUGAUUAAGAUCUGAGAUCGGUUGGUAUCAAUCCAAAACGCGAUCAGUUGAUUCCUGUAAACAGCUUAAAAAACACUUGGCUCUUUUUCAAUGGAGAAAGGAGCGGGUUCUGGCCUUUUUGUUAACGAUGGUUCGUUUAUGGAGAGGUUCAAACAGCUUCAACAGGAGAAGCAGAAGAGUGUUACAUUAGAGGAGUCUAAACCCAGUCGAACUGUGCCAAUGACUUCAACUCCUAAGCCUAUCAUUAGUAAAAUCAGCCUGGAAUCUAAGGCUAAUGAUCUGCGCAAAACCAAUCCAGCUGCUUCUUCAAAUGGAAAACUUGCAUUCACUUUAAAGCAGAAGUCAAAGCUUGUGGCACCUCCUGUUAAGUUGGGCGAAGAUGAGGAUGAAGACGAAAAGGAUACUGCAAAUGUGUCAGAUUAUGGACAGACAAAGCGGCAGAAGCUGGGUCACCUUGAUGUCUCCGAGAAAUCAUCGAAGCAAGUUGACGUUGCACCACCUUCACCAAGUGAUCCUACAGUGAAGAAAGUUGCGGACAAGUUAGCAAGUUUUGUGGCAAAAAAUGGAAAGCAGUUUGAGCACAUUACACGGCAAAAGAAUCCGGGAGAUACGCCUUUUAAAUUUCUAUUUGAUGUGAGCUGUGCUGAUUACAAGUACUACGAAUACCAGCUUGCUGAAGAGGAGAAGGCUUUGUCACAGGCCAAGGACUCCCAGACAGUGCAAAGUGGUGGUACAAACCCUGCUACUCCUACUUGUACAAGUGGUCCUCAAAGGUCACAUCAGCAGCAGCACUCAAAUUAUCAGAUCCCUGCCUCAGCUUUAUAUGAUGCCACUGAGGACAUUAGCGCUUCAAUGACAUCAGUUCAGAAUGCGUCUGUAGGAAGAUCUAGUUAUGGUGAAUCUAGUGCACCAACAGGUGCAGAUCCUAUAGCAAUGAUGGAGUUUUACAUGAAGAAGGCUGCAAAGGAAGAGAGGAUGAGACAGCCUAAACAGUCGAAAGAUGAAAUGCCCCCACCUGCUUCUCUUCAAGGUUCAUAUCAACCCGAUCAAACCCUGAUGUAUCCUAGCGCUUCUGCAGCCUCUCUGAAAAAAGGUCAUCACAUGGGUGAUUAUAUCCCGCAAGAAGAGCUAGAAAAGUUCUUGGCUAGUUGCAAUGAUGCAGCUGCACAGAAAGCUGCCAAAGAAGCUGCAGAGAAGGCAAAAAUCCAGGCCGACAAUGUUGGGCACAAACUUCUGUCAAAAAUGGGUUGGAAAGAAGGUGAGGGUCUUGGGAGCUCCAGAAGGGGUAUUGCAGAUCCAAUUAUGGCGGGCAAUGUAAAAAAGGACAACUUGGGAGUUGGCGCUCAACAGCCUGGAGAAGUGACUCCAGAUGAUGAUAUAUAUGAACAGUAUAAGAAGCGUAUGAUGCUUGGUUACCGUUAUAGACCAAAUCCUCUGAACAAUCCUCGAAAGGCAUACUACUGAGGGAAUUUCUAAUGCAUAUGCCAUUACUAGUUAAGAUUGCCUCGGAAGAAUAACUUGAAGAACGCUUCCUCUGUUGGAGGGAACGAAACUGGUUUAGAGUUUUCUUGCUAUGGAAUUCAGUACUUAUUGCCAUACUAUUUCAUUUUGGUAGCGUGGCAUUGUUAGAGUGACCGUGUCAAAUGGUUGUAGCAUUGUAGGUUGCGUUUGGGAUUAUGAUAAAGUUUGGCCUGCUUUGUGUUGUGCAUUAAACAUCUUUUAUUUCUUUAUUAUCAUUUCUUGAAAGCACGCAAAAAUUUCCUCUUCCUUCCCAUAUUGUACUUUCACAAAGCAAAUAUUGCUGGUGUUAUAUUUGUGAAAAUCAAAGGAACAUUUAUAUAUGGUUAUAAACGUUGUGUUUUCCA